UACGUCAUAGAUAUACCGGAAGUCGCGCUAGCAGCAGGCAAGCCUUAGAGCAAAUAGCAUUCUGCUUCCAAAACAAGUUAUCAUUUCUCAACGUUUCUGGGUCAAAAACGAACUAACUGCCAUAGGAAAAUGGACGACGACGUGUUGACAACUCUGAAGCUGUUAAUAAUUGGUGAAAGUGGAGUCGGGAAGUCAAGUCUCCUGUUGAGGUUCACAGAGGACACCUUUGAUCCAGAACAGACAGCCACAAUAGGUGUGGAUUUCAAAGUAAAAACACUCGCAAUAGAUGGAAACAAAGCAAAACUUGCAAUAUGGGACACAGCUGGUCAGGAAAGAUUUCGCACCCUGACUCCCAGCUACUACCGUGGAGCACAAGGAGUCAUACUUGUGUAUGAUGUCACAAAACGUGACACUUUUAUGAAGUUGGAAAACUGGCUGAACGAACUAGAAACCUACACCACACGUAAUGACAUUGUAAAAAUGCUGGUAGGCAAUAAAAUUGAUAAGGACGACCACGAGGUAAACAGAAACGAAGGCUUGAAGUUCGCUAGAAAACACUCCAUGCUUUUCAUCGAGGCCAGUGCAAAAACCAAGGAUGGCGUCCAGUGUGCCUUUGAAGAACUUGUUGAGAAAAUCCUGCAGACUCCAGGGCUUUGGGAGAGUGAAAACCAGGGUCAAAGGUUCCAACUGGGAAGCCAAGAACAGACCAGAGGUAGAGCUUGUGGUGGAUACUGUUCCGUUCCGUGAAAAUGAAGCGAGAUUUAAAAAAAAAAAAAAAAAGAAAAAGAAAUGAUUGGCCUGACAGGAAUGACUACAGACAAGAACGGUAGAUGACAAAAGACGGGGACGAGAGAGAGAGCGAGAGAGAGGUGUAGAAAGACGAGUGCUUUAAAGAAAGCGAAACGCGGGAGUAGUUCUGUUUGAUCGAGUGAACUUUGCUCUUUUCUUGUUCAUCUUCAUCUCUCACUUUCCUCUCACUAUCUAUGGAAACCCUUAACGAAAAGGACCAUACAAGAGCAGGUAGGAUUUUUUUUUCUCGAACUCUUCCAGGUUCCCAAAAAAUGUCUGCUUUGAAUUAGUCUCGUAGGUGAUGCAGUGAUUCUGUUGUUUCUCGUGGCGUCAGAUUAAUGAAAUAGUGCCUGUGACAUGAAAGGCGGGUUACAGUCAUCACCUGUCCAAUUUGAUAUGCCAUGAUUAAGUAGGGAAAAGCUUUUCGACUUUAUUCCAAGGCCUGAAUUUGAUUUGUUCCCAAAAUCACCAACAAAAUCAAAUCAUUCAUACCCAGGGCCAUGAACUCCGUCCGCAGAGAAUUUUAUCCAAAUCCGUCCUAUUCUUUUUUUUUUUUUAAUUUUAUUUUUACUCAAAAACUUGCCUGUAUACAGGUUGUUCUGGGUGGAGUUCACUGUGAUAAAUGUGGAAGUCUGUGCAGUCGCUCGCUGCCAGAAGUAGUUUAUCCUAAUUAUUCUGGACCUCCUCGUGUAGCGACACAAAUGUACUGUGUGUGUAUCUGCGGUCCGGGUUGAAUGCGUGCUGCAACACUUUAACGUAGGACGGAGGUGAUAUUGAGGGCAUUUUGCACGCGAACGCUGUGACGGACAUUUCACAUGUCAAAGCGGCGGCGCUUGUUGUGCUCUCGGCUCUCGCUCACUUUUGUCGCUUUUGUCAGACGUCUACGCCUCGAGACGUGUACGUUUCCAAGGGGACGCGUCACAAAAAUGUAAUUAAAAAAAAAAAUACAUAUGUGUUUGUUUUCUUUAUGUUUUAUUAUUUGACUACAUUUGCAGAAAUGCCGUUGCUUUGUGUACGGCAUAGGAAAGCACCUGCGGCUCAGUACUGGUUGAGCAAAGAGAUCCAAGUGCUUUUAUUGAUUUAACCUGCAGUAAAUAAUAAGCAAAUCAUACAAAUAAUAUUUAAUCUGACAUGAAUGUUGGGCUCAGGCAGCGAAACCGUAUCUUUGUGCCGUGCACUUUUGUUGAAACUUAGGUCAGUUUGGUGGAACUUCACACGUAUCCUCGCAGGAAUUGAUGAAAACUUUUUUUUUUAAAUUUACAUCAGCCAACCACUGCCACCUAGUGGAAUAGCAUUUAUUUGUCACUGUCGGAAAAGUGGAGCUUCCACCGUACACUUGGUGAUCUCAGGAGUAUCAGGGGGUCUCAAAAUGUGGAUAAAAAAUAUUCCUAAAAAAUAAUUUCAACUUGAAAGCCUGGAUGUAUUUUGACGUCUGAGGAAAUAUAUAAUUAUAUAUUGGUAUAUCAUUAUAUAUUUCCUCAGCACUUUUUGUGCCUAUAACUUCAAAAUACACUUUGGCAUGAUGCUAAUCAGAAUUAACUGUAAACGAAAAGUAGAAUGUCUACCUGUCUACUCUUAAUUAUAUGGCCACAAAAAAGGCACAAAUUGGUCAUAUUUUGAAUUUCGAAACCCGUAGUCUUCGUCUUCAGCGCUUACUCUGCAAUCAGCGCGUCGUUAUGGUCCACAGUUUCACAGUUAUGACAUAAACAUUCCCAUUUUCCUGUUUUCUACCCCACAUUGUUGCUAUUCUUUUUUUUUUGUUUUGUUUUGUGUUGAUUGACCUUUUCCUCUGCUUUCGCCACUGCUUUUGUUUUCUCGGCGCCUGUUCGAAUCGAUACGCCGCGGUAUGUCAACCUGAUAUCUGUCUUUUAACGCGGGAUGACGGUGGUUUUGAACGUUUGCAUUGUUUCAAAAUGAAAUAAACGAGUGCCUGCAGACGCUGUCGCUCACAGAACUGA